AUUUUUAAUGUACUUUCAAAAAAAAAUAAGAUUGAAAAGACUUCUUUCACCUUUUUCCAAGAGUUACCACGCCAUUUAUAUUAUGUCAUAUAAACUUCCAUAUAGGAAUAUAUAUUGGGGUAAAAGGGUUAGAUCUUGGCAAAAUAAAUGAAGAAAAUAAAGGAAAAUUUUUGUGAUUUAUUGAUUUAUAUAUAUUGUAUAUACAAUAAAAAAAAUCUGUAUAUUGAGAGAAUAUAUCUUCUGACUCUUUGUAUUCCAAUAGUUUAUUGGAGUGGAUUUUACGUUAUUUAUCAUUAUCAUUUAGUUCAGUUUUAAUUUUGUUUAGUUUUUGUACAAUUUCAAUAAAAAAAGGAGUCUUUAUGUCACGUUACCGAGGGCCUCGUUUUAAAAAAAUACGCCGUCUGGGGGCUUUACCGGGACUAACUAGUAAAAGGCCUAGGGCAGGAAGCGAUCUUAGAAACCAAUCACGCUCCGGAAAAAAAUCUCAAUAUCGUAUUCGUUUAGAAGAAAAACAAAAAUUGCGUUUUCAUUAUGGUCUUACAGAACGCCAAUUACUUAAAUAUGUUCGUAUCGCCGGAAAAGCUAAGGGGUCAACGGGUCAAGUUUUAUUACAAUUACUUGAAAUGCGUUUGGAUAACAUCCUUUUUCGGUUGGGUAUGGCUUUGACUAUUCCUCAAGCGCGCCAAUUAGUUAACCAUGGGCAUAUUUUAGUUAAUGGUCGUAUAGUUGAUAUACCAAGUUAUCGAUGCAAACCCCGAGAUAUUAUUACAGUGAAGGAUGAACAAAACUCUAGAACUUUGGUUCAAAAUCUUCUUGAGUCAUCUGCCCCCGAGGAAUUGCCAAACCAUCUGACUCUUCACACAUUCCAAUAUGAAGGGUUAGUCAAUCAAAUAAUAGAUAGGAAAUGCGUCGGUUUGAAAAUAAAUGAAUUGCUUGUCGUAGAAUAUUACUCUCGCCAGACUUAAAAAACCUAAGUGAAGUAAAAAAAAAUCACUAAAAACAAGAGUUCGGACAACUCCCCUUUGCCCGCUUUUUUGAUUAAAACUAAAAAGGGACAAGGUAAGGGAUUUUGUCGGGGAAUCUUUUUCCUAUUCAUGUAUCAUAGAUUGGUAGGGAGGUUUGGAUCCCUUGUUUGCUCUUCCCAGCAUUUUCCAUAGCAAAGAAAUGUAGAUUUUAUAUCUAGAAAAAUUGGAAGUAGAUAGAAUAUUUUUUUAUAAAAAACGAGUCCGCUUUUAUGUUAGUUCGUACUAUAAAAUUCCUUUGUUUGUGAGAAAAUUUUCUCACAAAAGAAAAGUUAAAGGAAAUAAAAAGAGUUAUAGAAUGGAUUACUACCUAUGCCAAGAUCGCGUAUAAAUGGAAAUUUUAUUGAUAAAACCUUUACAAUUGUAGCCGAUAUCUUAUUACGAGUCAUUCCGACAACUUCCGGAGAAAAAGAGGCAUUUACUUAUUACAGAGAUGGGAUGUCGGCUCAAUCUGAAGGAAAUUAUGCGGAAGCAUUACAGAAUUAUUAUGAAGCUAUGCGACUAGAAAUUGACCCCUAUGAUCGAAGUUAUAUACUCUAUAAUAUAGGCCUUAUCCACACAAGUAAUGGGGAACAUACCAAAGCUUUAGAAUAUUAUUUUCGGGCAUUAGAACGAAACCCCUUUUUACCACAAGCUUUUAAUAAUAUGGCUGUGAUCUGUCAUUACCGUGGAGAACAGGCCAUUCAACAAGGAGAUUCUGAAAUGGCGGAGGCUUGGUUUGCUCAAGCCGCCGAGUAUUGGAAACAGGCUAUAACGCUUACUCCUGGUAAUUAUAUUGAAGCACAGAAUUGGUUGACGAUCACGAGGCGCUUCGAAUAAGAACUUUUUCUUUGUUUCUUUUUUUUUAUUCUAUAAUAUAUCUUUAUUUGUUUUUACAAUUAAUUGUUUUUUAGUUUCUUGGCCCUCUCGGUCAAAUAAACCAGAUUCUUUUUUCUAUCAGAAGAACCAAUCCCAGAAAAAAAUUUCAUUAUAUCCUUUUCUCAAAUCGUUCUAUUUAAUCUGGUAUUCUCUAGGGAUAAGUAGUACAUGAAUAUGAGAAUAUCUAUAAUAUCUAUAUCUAGUUUUUUCUAUUUUUUUCUUUUCGACUAUUAAAACGAAUAAAAGGGAUUUGAAAAUGACUAAAUAUCAAUACUAGAAUGUUUCUUAGUAAUGACUAAUAAGCGGUUAUUGAAAUAGGAUAAUAUCCUCUAUUUAAAACAUAAAAAAUAGGCUAUAUUUCGGAACUUAUAAUUGAAAUAUGAAUACACUAGAUUAGGUUAUAAAAAAAAAUUAUUUGUGUACCAAUACUAAUGUAAAGGUGCGAAAACGCUUUUUAA